GGCCAUAUCGACGUCGUCCGCUACUUGAUCGACAACAAAGCGGAAGUGGACAAGCCAGAUCCCGCAGGCUGGACGCCGCUCCACAUUGCUUGUAGCGCGGGUUGGACAGAAGUCGUCACAGAGCUUGUCGGUGCAGGCGCCAACGUUAAUGCCAAGAACGACAAGGGGAUAACGCCACUG